AUGCCUCAGUAUUUCGCCAUUAUUGGUAAAAAGGACAAUCCUGUUUAUGAGAUAGAGUUCACCAACGCAGAAAAUCCACAGGGCUUCCCUCAGGACUUGAAAGAAUUAAAUCCAUUCAUACUACAUGCGUCACUAGAUAUUGUUGAAGACUUACAAUGGCAAAUCAAUCCAGCAUCACAGGUAGGUGGCAAUAGCGGAAAUGUAUCCAAUGGUGGCGGUGGUGGAUUCCUUCGAUCCAGGACCGUAAACAAUACCGAUAAUUGUUAUUUAGGUAAAGUUGAUCAUUUCUAUGGACUAGCCAUAACGGCUUAUAUCAGCUACGGUGGCAUGAAAUUCGUAAUGAUCCACGGAAACUCAGCCAACAACAGUGUAGUAAUUGACGAUAAUAACAUAAAGUCAUUUUAUCAAGAGGUGCACGAACUAUACGUAAAGACACUGAUGAACCCGUUUUAUAAAAUUACAGACCCUAUUACGAGCCCGGCAUUCGAUUCGAGGGUAAGGACAUUGGCGCGUAAACACCUUUCUAAAUAG